GUUCCCAGGAGGGACCAGCAAAGUUAAAUACUCCUGGAAAAGCCGAGCUGGGCCCAGCAGGUGCAGAGCUGCUCAAAUGAGAAGCGGGCACCACCAUGUUCCUGAAUAAGUGCGAGGGGGACUCCGAGGCUGCCCCCCCGGCCGCCGCCGCUGCCGAGGAGGAGGAGGAGCAGCCCAAGAAGAAGCACCGGCGGAACCGCACCACCUUCACCACGUACCAGCUCCACGAGCUGGAGCGCGCCUUCGAGAAGUCCCACUACCCCGACGUGUACAGCCGCGAGGAGCUCGCCAUGAAGGUCAACCUGCCCGAGGUCCGCGUGCAGGUUUGGUUCCAGAACCGACGAGCCAAGUGGAGGCGGCAGGAGAAGAUGGAGGCCAACUCCAUGAAGCUCCACGACACCCCCAUGCUCUCCUUCAACCGGCCCCCCAUGACCCCCAACGUGGGGCCCAUGAGCAACUCCCUCCCGCUGGACCCAUGGCUGACGUCCCCCAUCUCCAGUGCCACCACGGUCCACAGCAUCCCCGGCUUCAUGGGAGCCCCCCAGGCCCUGCAGCCCCCCUAUGGGGGUCACUCCUUCCUCAGCACUCCGCCGCCCAUGGCGCAGGGCAUGCAGCCCAUGGCCCCCGCGCCCUACCAGUGCGGCACCACCUUUGUGGACAAGUACCCGCUGGAGGAGGUGGACCAGAGGAGCUCCAGCAUCGCCUCACUCCGCAUGAAAGCCAAGGAGCACAUUCAGACCAUUGACAAGACCUGGCAGCCCAUUUGAUGAAUGCUCCCCUCCGGCUCCUCAUCCUCACCCCGGCACCGGCUCAGCCCCCGGGCAGGCGAGGGGGGUGAUAGUGGGACCAUUGGGAUCAGCAGGACCAGCACAGGACAGGGAUGCUGGGCUGCAUCUCCCCCUGCUGAGCCAGCACUGCUACUGCCAGGGGAGCAAGCGGGGUGCUGGUGGGACCCCGCGGUUUGGGGGCACCCUGGCAGCCUUGCCAAGGCAUUGACCUGGCCUGAGGAUAUGGCCAAGUCUCGGGGGUCCCAGUUGGACAUCUCCUUGUCCCACCCUUUCCCCUUCUUAUUAUUAACAUUUUUUUUAAUGCUGCAGAUUUGAACAGAACAGACACAAAGCUCCAGGUUUAGGGAGUAUUUGGGGGGAUUCUUUUUUAGCCGCAUCGGGGACGAUGCUCGGUGUGCUGGUAGAUGAGGAGAUGGCUGUAUCCUGAGUAAAGAGAGAAACGUAACGGCAGCCGCAUUGGCUGUGCUGCUCAUUAGUGUGCUGAGAGCUCCGGGGGGGGGCAUGCGGGAGCAUCACCCAGGACACCCCCCCCCCCUCGCCCUUGGGUUGGGCUCGGAUACAGGCACCAGUGACUUGCUCUGGGCUGUGGCUGUGUUCUCAGCAGCUCAUCAAGGGGCAUCUGCUCACCCCCCCUUGGUCCAACUGCCCCCAUUGCUCCCCUGUGGAACUCACCUGGCCACAUGCUGGUAUCACAAAGCCACCCCAUGGCACUGGGUGGCAGCGGGACCUCAGCUUGGUGACAGGGCCAGGAGCCCUGGGAACCUCACGGCACCUGUGGGAGGGUGACAAGGUGUCCCGGGGGCUCCCAGCAUGGCUCUGCAGCCCCAGGGGACCCAGCUGCCCGGCACCAGGGCUCAGUGACACCAUCAUAGAGGGGCCUGCAGAGGAGACCUUCCCCUUGAACAGAGAUGGAUGAACCUGCGGUGGCUUUGGGGUGCUGAAGCAUGGAUGGCUGGUGGGAUGGGGGCUCAGCCCCGGGCCAGUGGGAGCCCCAGGUCCCUGGGGAUCCCUAGGGAAGAGGAGCGGGCUCCAAGUGAUCUUCCUCCCACCAACACAAGAAGUUUCCU